AUGAACCCUCCUCCAAGGUUGAACAAGCAUAUUCGUUUUUCAACUACUUCUUCAUCCUCCUCCUCUGCUGAUGACACUGAACAUCAUGGAUCAACCCGUCCUAUUGGAGAUACUACUAAGCCAAUGAUCCAAGAUGAUUCCCCUUACACCAUCAUAUAUUAUUAUUGUUGCUCUUCAUCAGGCUUGUGUGAAGAAGAGGAAGAAGGAAGGCUUCAAGAGAAGGUUGCAGAUCCAGGAACAACAUCAUCUUCGCUUCACUUUCUGAUGUCUACCCUAAACGCUGCUAGCUCGAAUUUCAAUGACUGGAUUCAAAAUAUUUGGAUGGUCACUCGUUACGAGGAUAAGGAAUAUGUCUUUGAUAAAGAGAUAAAAGAGGUUGAUGAAGCGACUGCUACUCCUGAAGAAAUUGUUGAAUAUAGGGCUCAUGAGAAGGACACGACAAAGAAGGAAUUUCGUGACCUCUUUUGCCUCUACAAUAAGACAUUUUCUCUAGCAGAAAAUUUGUUUUUAGAAGGCCGCAUACCUAAAAAGAUGCCAAUAAAUGCAGGGAGUGAACAACCCCCUUCUCCGAUGGCUGCUCAAAAUGACUCGUCAAGUGUUGCAAUGAAUGGAGGGGGAAACAGCUUCGGGCAGGCGAAAUCACCCAUCUUCACAACUAAGGCUUUUCAGAAACUCGAGGAUGAUAUAAAACUGGUAGGAAAGAACAUAUUAUACCAUGAAGAAAAUAUCAAGUAUUUGAACAAAGUUAGAGGCAGCUUUGCCCACAAGAUUGCGGAUAUGGAAGUUACUCUUGCCAAGAAUCAAUCCUCAAACAAUGAUAUGACCAAAUGCAACGUUCUUUCUCAAAAAAGGAGCUUGGAGGAAACAGUUGAGAGUAUCAUGCAACACGAGAAAUCAGCUGCCAGUGUUCUCUGUCAUCUGACUCGAAAUGUUUCUAAAAUGUCAUCCGCCAGGAAUGUCAUUGGUGUUCUUGCCACUCUUGGGCAUGUUGACAACAUUAACCUCAGCAGGCUUCUCUCGGAGUAUUUGGGACUGGAUACCAUGUUGGCAAUAGUUUGUAAGUCAUAUCAAGCUGUUCGCUGUCUGGAGACAUAUGACCAAGAAGGCUCUAUAAAACAAACAACCGGUCUUUAUCGGCUUGGAGCUUGCCAUGGGAAAUCUAUUGAUGGACGAUUUAAUGUGAUCUGUCUUCAAGGUCUGAUACCAUAUGUUGGUGAGUUUAUGCCUGAUGAUCCACAAAGGAGGCUUGUUAUUUUGGAACCAAAGUUACCAAAUGGUGAAUCACCAGCAGGGUUUCUCGGGUUUGCUGUGAAUAUGAUCUAUAUUGAUAACGAGAAUCUAGCAUUCGUUACAGACAAUGGGUAUGGGCUUAGAGAGACUCUUUUCUAUUCUCUCUUCUCGAGGCUGCAAGUGUACAGAACCAGGAACGAUAUGCUGCAGGCCCUCCCUUUAAUAUCUCAUGGAGCCAUAUCUUUGGAUGGUGGGAUUAUUAAGAGUCGUAGUGUGCUUAUCCUCGGGACUCCGAAAGAAAUAGGUGUCCGUUUUGGAAUAUGGUCCGGAGAUUCUUUUCCAUCAAAAGACUACACAAAGAUUGAGAAAGAGAUAAAGGAAUUAAAAUGGAAAAGUGACAAAAUCAACUAUGAUAUCAGGAGAGAGCAAGAUCUUUUGGCCAAUGAAAAGUCCAAAUUCGAGGUCAAGAAGAAAGAAUUUCUUGAUUUCAUAUCACAAAGGUUGAUUGAUCCAAUGCAGCACCCGGUUCAAGCAACACAUGAAGGGGCGACCACACCUAAACAUGGUCUUUCAAAGACCAUUGUAGAAAUAGAUUAG